CAUCGCUCUUGUAGCCAUAGUUACAACAACAAAUGACUGUCCUUUUAAAGCCCAGGGAAAACUCCGUUAUUAAUUAAUUUGUUUUUCGGUCUUAAAAAUAUGGAGUUUCCCGCGGAUAAUGCGCUCAGCACAACGAGAGCCAAAUUGGAGGACUCUCCAAUUAAAUCAAUGAGUGAAUAUUACAACUCCAUCUCGAGAGGAAUUUUUCAGAACUCUGCUCCUUUGCCCGCAUGGGAUCAAGUGCCCCGCUCAUCAGCUCAAAAUUUAAUAGAAUCUUUGAUAUCACGCGACCAGCAGAGAGCCAAGAACCAGGCUGAAGAGGAAGUUUAUCAAAAUAAAAAGAUUACACUUGAUAAACAGUGGGAAGAGAUUAAAACUUUGGAGGAAACUCUGAAGAAUGCCUUUUUCGAGACGGAGGAAAAAAUCAAUGAGCUCAAAAACUGUGGUACAGGGUCAGCAAGUGAGAAAAAUGAAGAUCUCAUAAGAGAAACAGAGCAAUUGGACUCGCAAGCCACUUUUUUCAUCGAGGAAACGCAGAAAAUCUAUGAGGCGAUUAAUAACAUGCAAGCCGAUAUCCUUGCUAACUCAACUUAUGUGGAAUUCGCUAAGAAAGUUGCUCACGAGCAUCCAGGUUUGUACGACGACGGAGCAAAAUCGGUAUUGCAGCAUUUCGAACGGCUUAAAAAUGCGCACAAAGAAAUUACCAAGAAUCAAGAAAGUCUACUAUUUAAAAUGAAGCGACUGCGCAAAGAUACCCUACAGUUGGCCUCUAAAUCUCUAGCGGAAUUAGACCAAUUAGAGGCACAAAUCCACGAACUAAAUUCGCAACUCUCAGCUCAUGAAGCGGAAAAUGAAGGACAAGCCAAAAUUGCGUUGGAGCAAAAAGAGUUGGAAAGAGCACUUACAGGCGAAGCAAAGCGAAUGAGGGAAUCACUCAAAUGCAUGUACGAACAAAUGUGGAAAAGGUACAACGGAAUUGCAAGCAUGCCGCUGGCCAAAAAAUGUCAAGAGCAAGCGGAGUACAUCCAGUUAGCCAUGACAGCCCUGGAAAAUUUGAUUCAACACCUCAAGGUAGCGGAUCCUAAACCAAAUGAGUCUGUCAACCCUGAGGCGUCAAUUCGGAGUAAACGAAAUUAAAUAUCGGUUUAAUCAUUAGCAACAA